CGAUUUCUGGGCGCCGUAGCCAAUGGGAGCGCAGGGCGGGCUGGUCGGUUCCACAGUGGCAAUAGCCGGACUCGGCGCCGCCGCUGAGGAGAAGGCGGUUGCGGCGCUCGGCCUAGCGGGGAUGGCCGCCAGCCCGGGCGGGCGGAGGGGGAGCCGGGCUCUCUCCGAGCUGCUGGCAGGAAGAGUCAAGAAACAGAAAUGCACAUUUGAAAGUGGACAGGAGCUUCAGAAAGCAGCUGUUCACCUUCUGAGUUGCCAUCAGAACUUGAAUGACCUCUUGCUGGAGGUGGAGAGUUCCAGUAAAUCAACUAAGCAGAGUGGUCCAGAGACUCAAAAUGCUUUUUCAGGAUCAUUUGUAGUCUCCAUUCUGCAGGAGCAGGCCUUGAGGCUGGGAGUACCAAUAGGAAUCUUGUCAGCCAAAACUAUGGCUACCAACAUUGAGCAGAUUUGCAAAAUUUCCAGGGAGUCCAACCAAGCUGCACUGUUGAACUUGGAGCAGAGAAAGAAACUGUCUUAUUUGCUUCAAACUGUCAAGGAUUUGUUGGUGCACAAUGCCUUCUGUCGUUUGCUCUUCUGUCAAGAACUUUGGAAAAUGCAGAAUCCUCCCGUGUUGGAGGUUGUGUGGCACCUGCACAGAGGCAACAUUGUUAGCUUGGGAGAGCUGCUGGAGAGCAAUUCAGACACCCCUGCUGUGGUGGAGUGGCUAUGCAGCAGCCUUUGUCUGCUGUGUAAACAGACAGACAAUUCUUCCCUGGAUGUGGAGCUUUCUGGGCACAUACUCUCAGACUUUGUGAUCAUGUUUCUUCAGAAUGGAUUUCAGCAAACUUCAGAUCUGGGAAAGAAAAUCCCCCAUAUCUGUUAUGCUGUACUGCAAAAAAUGUUGACAUGGGUACUUGAUGCUGUUGCUAAUGAAAAACAGGAAGAUUCUUCUAAAUUACAGGCUGUGAAAUGCUGGCUGAACAUAUUCACUGUGACAAUGUACAAAAGCACCUACUUUCCAGAGUCUCUGCAACAGUUCUUCAUUCACACUCUGACUAAGAUUCUUACCUACAAUCCUUUGUUGAAAGCAUCUGAUGCCAUUCAUAUGCAGAGAGAGUGGAGCUUUGCAAGAACCUGCCCACUGCUUACCACCUUGUAUCGCAAACUGUUUGUGGCAUUCAGUGCAGAGAAGUUGAUGUGUCACUUGCAGCAGAUUCUGGAGACUCAUGAGGUGAAUUGGCAGCACGUGCUGUCCUGCUUUUCUACAUUGGUAGUCUGCCAGACUGAAGCAGAGCAGCUGGUUAAAGACCUACUGAGCAGUCUGCUGAUAAAAGCAUUUGAGAAUUACGAUAUGGAAAACAUGAUCACUGCAUUCUUGAUAGCUCGUCAGGCUGCCCUUGAGGGUCCUGCUGUGUUCAUGUCUUAUGCUGAAUGGUUUAAGGUUUCCUUUGGAAAUGCCAGUGGUUACCAUGGUAGCUGUAAGAAGGCUUUGGUCUUUCUCUUUGAGUUCCUGUCAGAAUUGGUCCCCUUUGAAGCACCCCAGUAUCUGAAGGUCCAUAUAAUGCAUCCGCCUUUUGUGCCAACAAAAUACCGUCCCUUUCUCUUGGAAUAUAUCACUCUGGCCAAAACCCGACUGGCUGAUCUCAAGGUUGCUAUAGAAGACAUGGGGCUCUAUGAGGAUUUAUCUUCAACAAAGGAAGCUGAGCAGCCCCAAAGCCAGGCACUCGAAGAUGUUGAAAAGGCUAUUCGGAUAUUUGAAAAUACAGGGAAGAUCCCAACAAGUGUGAUAGAGGCCAGUAUUUUCAGAAGACCCUAUUAUACUUCCCACUUUAUUCCUGCUUUACUCACGCCACGUGUGCUCCCUGAAAUUCCAGACUUGCGCAUCAUUUUUAUAGACUCCUUAAAGAGAGCUGACAAAAUUCCACCAAACUUGUACUCCAGAUAUAUCCAAGCCUGUCAUUCUUUGAAAGAGAAACUGUUACAAGAUGGAUCAAUAGAAUUAGAGACUGACCAUCUCAAAGAGCCUGUUGAACAGCUGAAGGCUGAACUGGAUGAACUGAUAAUGCUGAUCACAGACCAAAGCAAACAUGAUGCUGUGCCAGCCCAGAUUGCACUGAUCUCUGAGAGACUGAUGACUGUCCUGGGACACAGUCAUAAUGAAAAUGAAGCUGCAUCCUUCAAUUCUCGGAUCCAACUUAACAUUUGUGCCCCAAAACUUGAACAGCAGGAUCAGUAUGUCAUUGAUCUUUUACUGACAUCCUUUUGCCAGAAUCUAAUAGCUGCUUCCUAUUUUAAUCCUCCUGACAGGCAGGGGCUCUUUUUGUGUCUGUUUGUGAAGAUGAUUUGUGGACACAGGCAUCUCUUACCUGCCCUGUUGACUAGGCUCUGUCAGCUUAUUUAUCAUCAGGGUCCUUCCCUAAAUGAUGCUCAUGUUUUAGGACUAGCUGCCUUUAUGAUUCAUUUAAAUGAAUCCAAAUUUUUGAUUCCUGAAGUGAACAUUGGCUCCAAGGUUGCCGCUGCAAAGGGCCUUUCUGUUGCUGAGUACUGGAACCAUUUACUAGUGGGCAGGACAGGGGAGUCCUUAGCCUUCUGCAUGAGGUUUUGUACUGCAGCUGUUGCUUAUUUUUUGUGCAAGUUUCCUUCCCUCUCUCAUGAUGAUUUAUGCAAGCUGCUUCCCUCUGGCCUUAUAAAAAAGUUACAGUAUGUAGUGCCACGGCUGAGCUUAGAGGCUCGAGGAAUUGGCCAUGAGGAGGAAGCACCUGAAUUGUCCUGGAGGGCCCUCUCCUGUCCCUCUGUAAACUACAUGAAAACCAGCCUCUGUUUAUGGAAGCAAACACGCUUUCAAGAACUUUUGAAGGAGAAACCAUUCCAGUUAUCUUUCCGAGAGUGGCUGUUGUUUGAGCUAGAAGUCCAGCCUGAGAAGGAUAUCCUUUCUGUUUCUGAAAGGCAGGACUUCCAUUACUGGGCGUUGUACCAGUGGUAUCUUCCAGCAUCCUCUGCUUCUGGAGGCUGUGAUGGAAACCUGGAAAAGGCAUGUGGCAUUCUUAUUGGUACAAUUCUGGAUUUCUCCCAAAGGUCAGAGUUGGACAACUGUGGCCAAUUGGAGAAGUCAGAGUUUUCCGUUCAUAACAGGACAGUCAAUCCUGAUAUUCUCUGCAGAUUACAGGAAAUGGUACUUGAGCUGGGGUGUAGGAAGACUUCACCCACUGGCUGCUGGAAUGACAAGGGACACUUCCUAUUUAGGAUUUUCCAGGAAAGGUUAAAAACUAUAGGAAAUGGCUCUGCUGUAGGUGAACGGCUACUGAGGCAGCAGGAAAUGUUACUGCAAAAAAGGAUUCUGUUGAGUCUCCCUCCAUCAGUUCUCAUCAUGAUGUGUCGAAGAGGAAAGAAAAUGACCUUGGAUUGUGAAGAUUUCUUUCAUUUUGUAAACACUGAGCUGAGGAACAUUUGUUACAGAGGAUGUGCACUCUCCUAUGACAUCACGGCUCAUUUCUUAAGGGGUCUGCUAAAUGCCAGUUUGGAUUAUGAGGAACCAGCACAAGCGGUUAAUGAUGUUUUGAAAAGAUGUCGAACCGAGUGUCCCAUUAUCAUUUCUUCUGCAGCGCUGUGGUGGCCGAGGUUGGAGCCAGUGCUUUGCUCCCAGUGGAAAAGGCUGUUUGGGGCUCCACUUGCACAGGAAUUGCAGAGACUGAGGAAAUGCCAGCAUUCUGCUACUAGCUUCCUCUCUUUAGAAGCAGAAUUUUCCCUCUCUGAUACACCCUGGAUUUCUGUGGCCUUUCUACACUUCACUAGUCAACAGCAAGCAGCACAUGGAAGAAUGAGAGACGUGCUGAAGAGAGUGGGGUCUGACACAGAGCAGCUCCUAGUGUGCCUGCUGUUCUUUUCACUCCUGGAUCUCAUCUUGACCAGAUUAGCACCAAAGCAAGGGACAGAGGUUCAAAAAUCUUUGGAAUGGUGCCUGGAGAUCCUUGGAUGCUUGGAAGAGCAAGGCAUAUCCUGGCUAGCUCUCUUUCACUCAGCGGAGAAAGGCCGUGGACCUUAUCAAAUUCUACACAGUGCAGCCUCAGACCAAUACGUCAGCCUGUUACCUAUUGCAUUCUACAGCCUUACCCCCUGCUUCCACCAAAAUCUACUUAACCGAGAGCAAACCUUCCUUUACGUUGCUGUUGACAUGUAUACCCAGCUGCUUCGACUCUACAUAGAAGAGGAGAAUCCUCAGAGAUCAGAUCAGGGGGGACAAAGCCUACACAGCGUGAAGCAUGUGGAUUCUUUAGAGGUGAUAACUAAGGCUCGUCGAUUUCUGCUACAUUCAAUUGCACGGUGCCCUAAAAAGAGCUUUAUACAUAUACAACAGUUACUGGAUCCCUGUGAAGAGUUUGACCCAGAGGUGAAAGCUGCCCUCUUCCAUUCCUCAAAGCCCACUGUAGCUGAGGAUUUCUAUGAUGAACCAGUCCUCUUCUGAGUGAUACUGGUGGAGAACUGUAGCCCGGCCAAGGGCAGCAGAGAAAGAUGCGUCUAACUGCAGCUGCAGACAGUGUUUACUAAGAGUUUUUCCUGUCAAUCCAUUUCUUUGGAUUCCACAAAAGUUAUCAGCUGUUCUCCAUCUUUGUAACCAGGACUACUUGAUUCAUAUUACUUUGUAAAUAAUUUAUUACAAGCAAAACCUUGAAGCUCUUGUUAAUAAUAAAGUAGGUUAAAUUUCACUUUA